CGCGCGUCUGCGCGGCGGAGCUCACGCCGGCAGCCAGGCCCGCUCCCCCGCCCCGCCAUGGAGCGGAGCGAGGCGGCGGUGUGGCGGCUCCGCGCCCCCGGCGGCCACCGCGACCGCCGGCACCCGCCGCCGCGGGAGGACGGCGACCGCGACCCCGGCGGGAAGAAGCGGGGCGGCUCGCGGCGGUGGCCGCUGGGCGAGGCGCGGGGGGCGCCGGCGGUGCUGCUGUACCUGCUGGCGCUGCGGGCGCUGGUGCACGUCUCGCACCGGCAGCUGCUGGGCCGGCCGCCCGCCGCCGGGCCCCGCGACUUCAGCGCCCACCGCGCCAGGGGAUAUCUUGACGGCAUAACAGCAAUUGGGCCCAGAACAGUUGGAAGUCCGGAAAAUGAAGUUCUUGCAGUAAACUACCUCUUAGAGCAAAUUAGGGCAAUAGAAAAAGAAAGCACAGAUGCUCACAAGAUAUCUGUAGACAUACAGAGGCCCACAGGCUCCUUCAGCAUUGACUUUUUAGGAGGCUUUACUAGUUACUACGCAAACAUAACCAAUGUCGUAGUGAAGCUGGAACCCCGACAUGGAGCUGAGCACGCAAUGUUAUCCAAUUGUCACUUUGAUUCUGUACCAAAUACCCCGGGUGCCAGUGAUGAUGCUGUUAGCUGCGCAGUGAUGCUUGAAAUACUUAACACGCUUUCAAAAUCAUCAGAGCCCCUGCAGCAUGCUGUCAUAUUCUUGUUUAAUGGUGCAGAAGAAAAUAUUUUGCAGGCUAGUCACGGCUUCAUUACGCAACAUGAGUGGGCCAAGUCAAUUAGAGCUUUUAUUAACCUCGAGGCAGCAGGUGUAGGAGGAAAAGAGCUUGUUUUUCAAACAGGACCUGAGAAUCCUUGGCUGGUACAGGCAUACGUAGUUGCAGCCAAACAUCCCUUUGCCUCUGUGGUGGCACAGGAAAUAUUUCAGAGUGGUAUUAUCCCAGCAGAUACAGACUUCCGUAUCUACAGGGACUUUGGCAAUGUUCCAGGAAUAGACUUGGCUUUUAUUGAAAAUGGCUACAUUUAUCAUACAGAAUAUGACACGUCAGACAGAAUUUUAACAGAUUCCAUUCAGAGAGCAGGUGACAAUAUUUUAGCUGUCCUAAAAUACCUGGCAACAUCAGAUAUGCUGGCUAAAUCUUUUGAGUACCGACAUGGAAAUGUUGUGUUCUUUGAUGUACUUGGUUUAUUUGUUGUGGCUUAUCCUGCUCGUGUUGGCACCAUCAUGAAUCAUAUUACAGCAGCAAUUGCUUUUCUUUAUUUAAGCAAGAAAAUAAUACAGCCCAAAACUAGAGCUAUUCAUAACCUGAAGAAUUUCUUCAUUGCAUUUGGCUUAACACUGUUAAGUUGGGUCUGCACACUGGUGACAGUCCUUAUAGUGGCGGUGUUUGUCUCUGUCAUUGGACGGUCUCUGUCUUGGUACACCCAUUUCUAUGUUUCUGUGUUUCUGUAUGGCACUGCAGCUGCAGCUAAGCUCAUUCUUGUGCAUACACUAGCCAAGAAGUUCUUCUACAAGAACGUGAAUGAACUGUACCUGGGAGAUACUUUUUUUGAUGCCUCAUUGAUGAUUUGGUCUAUAGCAUUGGCUAUGAUUACUCAGAUGGGCCUUUGUUCAGCAUUCAUUUGUAUGUUAUGGGUAGCAUUUCCUUUACUCACUAAGAUGAUGAUCCAUAAAGAAUUCAGCCAAAAAGGUGCCACAAUGAAAUUUGUCAUGAUGUACAUGCUGGGAAUGUUUGUUCCCUAUCUGUAUAUGAUGUAUCUUAGUUGGACUGUAUUUGAAAUGUUUACGCCUAUCAUGGGACGAAGUGGUUCAGAAAUUCUACCAGAUGUGGUGUUGGCAGGAUUUAUUGUGGUCAUCACUAUGAUUCUGUCAUCCUACUUCAUUAACUUCAUUUACCUCAUCAAAAGUACAAAAGCAACGCUAAUAGCUCUAACUACUGUGUUUGCAGUCACUCUGAUUCUUGUCUGUAGUGGAAUCUUCUUUCCUUACAGUUCUGAUGCAGCUAAUCCAAAGCCUAAGCGAGUCUUUCUCCAGCACAUGAGCAGAAGAUUUCAUGAUCUAGAUGGAAAUGUGGUUAAAAGUGACUCUGGUAUAUGGAUUAAUGGAUUUGAUUAUAAUGGAAUAUCUCACAUAACUCCGCAUGUACCUGAAAUCAAUGACACCAUUAGAACUCCAUGCGAGGAGCAAGCUCCUUUCUGUGGCCUUCCUUGGAUUCUACCAGUGCAUUUCAUGUUCAGGAAAAACUGGUAUCUUCCUGGUACAGAAAUUUUUCCUAGAAGACCCAUUCAAUUUAAAGUUCUGUCCAAGGAGCUGAUGCCCUGGAAUUCUGUAAGGUUAAGCUUUGAAGUAUCUGGUCCAAGUCACAUGUCUCUGUACGUUCGGCCACAUGAAGGGUCAGCUCUGUCCACGUGGUCUCUUGGGGAUGGUACGCCAGUUGCUAGCUUAGGAGGAGACUACUUUGUGUUUUACUCCCACGGACUGCAGGCUACACCGUGGCACUUCUGGGUAGAACUUACGACCCCAGAAAAGCAUUCUGAUGGAAUAGUCUCCCUCGCCAUAGCAGCACAUUACUUUUUUGGGGAGGAUCAAAAGUCACCGCAACUCUUUGCCUUGCUGGAGAGGUUUCCAAACUGGACGUUUUCUUCUGGUUGGUCCUGCACUUACGACCUUUUUGUCUUUUAAUGUUGACAGUAAUGCAGCACUAAUAGGGUAAUCUCUGAUGCAGAAUGCUGUUGUAGCAAACACUUUCUAACAAGAUGCCAGAGACUUUCACAAGAAUUUAAAGUACUUUGGCCACAAAUGGUGUUUCGUUGGCAGUGUGACUAUUUAAAGAUUACUGCUCUCUUGGGGAUAUAGUGAUAACUUUGUGUUAAUGUGAAUACAGUUCACCUUGGUUCUGCCACUGAAAUGGCAGUUUGACUAGCAGGUUUCUUAAAAUGAAAACUGCAUUUGAGAAGGUAAUGUUAAUGUGAUGUCAAUUUUAAUGAAAGGGCCUCAUGAAGUUAUUUUGAUAAAAUAUAACCAUACUUCCUACAUAUGUGGGGACUAACACCUACCGAUCCUACCCGUCCUAUUAAAGUAUGACCUUCAACUAAAAGAUGCUGUUCACAUGGUGGGGGGACAGAGGUGGCAAAGUCCUAAAUACUGAUUUUGUUACUCGAUAAAGUCACUGAAAGCUAUGAUGCUUGUGUGAGCUGCAUUCCUUGGCAAAGGCACAAUGCAGAAAAAUUUAUAUUAUGAUGGACUGUGGUAAUUAUUUAUGUAGAUUAUCUUUUCCAAAUAAUGUUUCUGUUAAAAACUUAGUUCCUACCCUUUUGCCCUUCUCUUCAUUGUUACAACUCGAGUGGGUUGGUUUGACCUGACUAUCAUCUUGUGGUUUUGUUCCAGCUGGGAUCUUUCAGUAUCAGCAUAUAAGCAUGUGACUUGCUUUCUUGUAUGUAACAGUGCUAAGUCCCCACUCCUUUAUGUGGAUGUCUUAUCAUUAGUCUACUCUAAAUUUCAAGUUAUCUUCUAAUUUAUUAGAAUUGGCUAAUUUUUAGUAUCUCCUCUGGAGAGACUUUUGGUAAUAUGACAGUAUUGCACUUUGCUAAUACAUUUAACCGUUUCUUAAAAUACGGUUUGCUUUCCAUAAGGAAAAACACCAAGAAGUGUCAUCUUUAAAAAGAUGUCUAAUAUCUCUGGAUUGCUCUUGUAUUAUUUCCACAGGAUGGGUUUUAUAAAUGACUGUGUGAUUUAGAAUAUUUUCCAGUUAUUAUUGACAAGCUUUGAGUUCAGAAGCCACUGACCUCUCUGGGGUUUUCUCAUACUCCCAGGUUUUUUUUUUCAGUGCAGUAUAAUAGUUGAUAUUUGUUUCUGCAAUUCAAAGAACUGUGUUCCUGAAAAGACUUUGUCAUGCUUUUUUCCACACUAUAUGUAAAACAUUCUGUAAUAUGAAUACCAUGCUACAAGUUGUACAGAUUUUGUUCAUUACAUGAGUAUUGCCAAAUCACAUGCCAAGCAGGUUUUGUGCAUGCAUCAUCAUUUUGAGUAAAAACAUGCCAGUACUGGGAAGUUUGCAGGGCAUGUGAAAGAAAAUUUUGUGACACUUUAAUUAGUGUGAGCUGUGAUGGACAGCAGCUCCCCAGUUGGGUAUUUUUCCUUCAAAUGAUUCUGUAGUAGUUUACAAUAGUGGCAAGAACCAGUUUCAUUUGUUGCAAAGAACAUUUGUGAAGACUGUCAACUGACUCAUGGGCUAGAGUAAGAAGUUUGAUUACUGUAAUCAUAAUGAACUGGCCACAGUAUUUUAAAACCAAUAGGUCUUUCUACAUUAACAUAUGCAUUAAUCAUCACUCGCUUGAUUGUAUCUGAUUUGAAACUAGUAUCCCUAUAUUAUGCAUGUAUUAUUUUUUAAAGUGCUAUUAAUGAUUUGAAAAAUGGAGUUGUAGUUCAUAACUCCUGUGUCUUGAAUCUCAACAAAUGUUUAGUACUGUACUCUAGCUGAUGCACAGCUAGUUAACUAAAGCUGCACUGAUACUUAUCAUCUUGCUCGGUUUUGAUUUUUAUGUUUUGUCUCUGAUUUAAAGCUUUGAAAAUGCUCUGUGAAGAAUUCGUACUGGGAGCCAAAAAUAUAAAAAUGUUUGUUGGCAAUUUCUGAAACUUCAGUGAAGCAAUAGCUUUUGCUAACUCAGGGUUUAGCCUUUGUUAAAUAAUUUAAUUAUGAGGGAUAUAAAAUUUGUUGUAAAUUUCUGUCUUUGUAAAUAAAAAUUAAUCAGUGAAACUUGAUUUUCAACAUGA